UCGCAUUACGGUCACACUUCUUACCGCGAGAGCUUUAAAAACACGCAUUUAUUGGAGGUUUUUCGUGAUUGAUUGCCGAAUAUGCAUAGAAUUCCCCUGCAUAUGGUGGCUGACCCUUGCCCCGAGACCUCUGAAUAUGUAACAAUGUCCAGGGUCAUGUGUCCGCGUAACCUGAUAGAAUGUGAGCUGUUCUUGAAGGUUUUGCGAAAGGAAACCGAUGCAGUUUUUCACAACUUUUCCGAGAGUGCUCAGACGUCCUUAAAUGUUUCAAGAAAAUGUAUGAACAUGAAAAACCGUGAUGUGCUGAAGAAGACUUCCCAGAGUCUGGACGAAAUAAUAUGCCGCGCACCCAGCGGAACCACUACAUUCGUUGACGCGAUUUUGGCCCGAAGUGUGAUUUAUAUGAAAAGUAACCAGCACGGCAUUGCCUGCGAUGACCUGUUAUUUUAUGAGGCUUUGGAUCCAGCUCUCAAGACAAUAGAGGGAACUAUAGUCUCACAGAUCCUUUUAUGCAUAUGUCUCUAUAUGGUGCGGGAAUAUAAAGCAUCACAGGAUAAAUUAGCUAUGUUAAAAGACCUAAUUGGGAAAACGCCCUUAUCUGAUAAAAGUGAAAUCGCCAUGUUCCUGUCUCUAUUACAACAAUAUGAUGAGAAAAUCAACCAAGCUAGGAGGAAUGUUGAGUUUGUCCAGAAAGUCCAAAGCAAGACCUUAGUGCCUUUUGAGGGACAUAAGCUUACAAGGAAAAUACCAUUUGCCAGCAAAGCUUGUGAAUACCUCGAAAAAGAAAAAUGUGCCGGAGUUUUCGCUUUGACCGACAUUCCCAAAGGAGAAAUUGUUGUGGUGGAAAAUCCAAUUUACUUCCAAUUCAGUGCUCCAUUUAUAAACUGCGAUAUGUGUGGAUUGCAUCGGGAACUGCUCUACACCUGUGAUAAGUGUCGUUAUAAAACCUAUUGCUCAAAGCUGUGCAUGGAAUCUGAUUCAGAAGUGCAUCAACUUGAGUGUUAUGGAUACAGAAUUGGCCUAAUACCUAUGCUAGAGGCUUCGAUACUGUUUCGAUUGUUUCUUCAAUCAGGCAAAUAUAUACUUCCGGCUUUAGUCGAUUUUGCGAUGGAGGGCGGAGUAGUAAAUGAUCCCCGUGACGCUUGGAUCUUUAUACAGGAGCACGCUCAGGAAGAGGAUAGAAAAUACAACAUUGUUGGGGAAUUUCUUGCCACAUCGCCUGAUUACAAACUGCUCACGAAGGAGAAGUAUCUCGAAGUUGUAACUACCGCAUUCCGUCUGUCGGUUUUUAUUUACAAUGACACCGACCUCACAGAUAAAUACUUUUAUUUGCUGGCUCUACAGAAAAUAGACAUAAUUAAUGUGAUGGCCGCGAUUCUUUUACGGCUCGCUGGCCACGUUCUGUUAAAAUCUCAACGAGAUGAGCUGUACUAUCCGAAACCCGGAGAAGUCAUGAAUGAAACUCAUGAAGAAUUCUCAGAAUGUGGUGCACUACCGAUGCCAACUGAUCGCAUAACCGCAAAUGCCUUUAGCUACUACGGAAUAAAUGCGAUAUCAGAUUUCAUAGACUGUUACCACAACCUACAUGACAGUCUUCCUGAGGUCGAAAAUGAGUUGCAAGAGAAGUCUUCUAAUAAUAGUCCUAUGUUUUUGUUUGCUGAUAGACUUCAUUCCAUAUGCAUUCAAAAAUAUGAAAUCGAAACUAUUGAAGAUAUCAUAAGUGCGGAAAUCUUACCGACACAACAAGUCGUCGAAAUUCUCGAUAUCUUUAACACUUCAAAACGUUGUCAAUUAAUGACAAGUAUUGCAACAUAUUUUCACCUAUUUGUUCAUCAAUAUUUUAAUAAAGUUGCAAAUACCUUCCAACUUAAAUGCACGCUUCGUGCCACUUUAAAAGCUUUCAAACAGGACUGUGCGACAGAAAAUGUGAAAGUCAUAUCGCUACCGAGAGGAAAAUGUGUUGGAGUUACUGCUAAAAAUGUCGUUGACGGCGAAGAGUUAGUGAUAUGCUCUGAGAUUGUCAGGCAUCAUGAUCCGAACUUAAUGUUGAAUUUAGUACAAUGUCGAGAAUUUAAUUUUCUUUCAAAUUCUAAUCAAGGGAAACCAAGUUUUGAAAAAGGCCUUGGCCCUUCUCCCGAGUUUUUACGACAUCAUAAAGCAUUCAUAUUCACAAUUAACAACAAAAUAUCAACUUGGAAACAGUCUACUCAAGAUGAAAAGCUACAGGUUAAGUUGAUCAUUUUAUACGGCACUUACAACAGUUUUCUUGACUUGCAUUGCCCAGAAAAGGAUGAGAUACGUUUGAUAGGAGUCCUUAAAUUUUCCAUGUUUUUGGCUAUGAAUGGUUUUUUGCAACAUGCAAGCGAUAACAUUAUGCACGUGGUUGAGUUGAUUGAAUUGGAUGAUAUCUAUUUUAAAAAUGUCGACAUGUACCGUCAAACCUUUUGUGUAAUCAAGCGUAUUAUGGAACAAUAUAUUGACAUCAUGAUUGAUUGCUCGGAUUUAAGUGGGAACUAUCCCAAAAUGUUGCUUGGAAGCUGUUCAUUGAUUUUAAGAAGACUGCAGCUUCAUACCGAAGCUUUAAUUGAUAACGAAGAGGCUUAUUCAUUAUACAUGGAAUACAGUACCUACCAUUACAAAUGGAAGACAAUACUUAACUCUUAUAUUCUAAUGCCACCAGGUUUAAGAAACUUUUUGGUGGACUCCAAAAAUUAAGGUAAAUUUUACUGCAAACGGAAUUUUUGUUUAUCCUGUUAAUUCUCACAUGCGAAACCAAUCGAAAAAUAUUAUGUUUUUUGUUAUUACAAUAUUAUUAAAGACAUAUUCCAGUUAAUUUAGGUUUAGGUUUAGAAAAAGCCAAACUGACUAUUUGAUUUAGUUUUCGUUUAGUCAACGUUACAUAUUUCUAUAACUGGUUUGUUUGAUGUACUUAACAAACAGAUAUAAAGAAAUACGACUCAUAAUUCUUUACUUAAUGCACCACAUAAUGAUUAAGCUUUAUCUGUUUUCAUUGUUCAUGCCGCUGACAAAAAUAAAACUACCAAU